UUUUGUUUUUUUUUUUUUUUUGCGAUGACCAUACCACUACGCAGUGCGGUUGUCUAUGUCUUUGGAGUGCCAAUGCUAUUGCUUUUAACACUACUUUGUGCCGCAGCAAACGCUGAUCUCGGCUAUCGCGCCAAUGCCGUGCAUCCAGAUUAUCCUGGACAAUGCUACUAUGAAGAACUGAAACAGCCCAUACCUAAAUAUCAGUCAUAUAAGCCUAUCAAUCGAGAAGAUCAAUGCAAAGCCUUUUAUUGCCGACCCGACUUUGUGCUAGAAAUUAGCUACUGUGGACGUCAUAAUUUAAUACCCACCAAGAAUUGCAAAAUAUACUCCGAUAUGCGUCGAACAUUUCCCCACUGCUGUCCCAAGCUGUUAUGCCAAGAACCGGAAACGAAUGACAUUUAGUUAAAAAAUAAUAAAAAAAAAAAAAAAUCAGCUUAUGGAUGAACAAAACAAUAAAAAAAAAACUGUGCUAAUUUCUUGGGAUUGUUUUAAGCAGCUGUUGCUUAAGAAUAUGUUUAAAAGCUAUUUUUAGAAAGCAGCUAUAAUAAUGCAUUUAAAUCAGUUGAAACUAUUUGUCAAUAUGUUUUUUGAAUGGCAUAAGAAUAACGAAAAAUUAUAUCAUUAUAAUUGCUUAAGUUUUACAUUGGCCCGGUCUUACAGUUGAUAAAAUUACAUAAGCUUUAUUAUAAAUAAAAACAGCUUAGGCUCAAGAUAUAAUACUAAAAUAGCACAAACAUAUAUCGCUGUCCUCAAUAAACACAAACAAUAACUGCAAAGUAAACAAUUUUAUCAUAAUUCUAUUUAC